AUGUCAACCAAUUUCUGUUCACUUUCAAAUAUUUUUCGUAUCUCUUUCGAUACCUUCGAUGAAGUUAUUAAAAUAGUUAAUGCGCCAGAUUUUAAAAUCGGAAAUGCCUUUGCUACUGUUUAUUUGCGUGCUGAUUGCAGCUUUCUUGAAGAUUUGCCACCAAAUACUAAUGAUGACAAGAUUUCAUCAGCGAUUGCUAUUCAAGUUGAAGAAAAUAAACUUCAACCUACAUCUUUUUACGUGCAGUAUAAUAAAGACACAGGUAAUGCAGUUGUCUUGGCAACAAGGUCUAAUAAGAAAUGGACUGCAGACAGUUUCUUAAUAAUUGAUGGAGGAAAAGUGCCAAAAAAACCAAAACUUGCAAAUCGAGUUGUUAGACAUGAUCAUGUUAAUGAUCAUCUCAUUGUAGAACUCGAUGACAUGAAUAAUUAUGAGAAUUGUUUAUCGAGUGGAGCACUUCUCAUUGACAAUCAUAUGAUGCAAGUUGCAGUUCAUACAACGAUUGCUAAUCCAGAAGAAAAUGAAAUUACUGCUGAAAACUGGUAUGAAACAGAGAUGCUUGAUAUAAAACCAGAUAUAAUGACAAUGAUAAAUAAUCCUCAACAUCUAAUAUUUCGUUAUAAAUGGAAUGCACAAAUUUGGAUUGAACAAAUGAAAAAAAAUAGAAGUGAAAGAUUGACGAUCAACAAAAUAUGA